GUCAUCCUCUUGUCUCAGCCUCAGGUGGUGGGAUUACAAACACGUGCCUCCACAUCCUGACAUUGCAGAACAAUGGCCUGCUGGCGACUCCCAGAGCAGGAAUCUCUCCCCUCUGUGUCCAGGCCCUCCAUGGGAUCUUAACAGAACAUCAGUUGCAGUAGCUAUGGCUCCAUCCUGGGUGCCCGCUGUGGGCCUCACUCUGGCACCCAGCCUGGGGGGCUUCAUGGGCGCCUACUUUGUGCGCGGUGAGGGCCUCCGCUGGUAUGCUAGCCUGCAGAAACCCUCCUGGCAUCCACCUCGCUGGACACUGGCUCCUAUCUGGGGCACGCUUUAUUCAGCCAUGGGUUAUGGCUCCUACAUGGUCUGGAAAGAGCUGGGAGGCUUCACAGAAGAGGCUGUGGUCCCUUUGGGUCUCUACACUGGUCAGCUGGCUCUGAACUGGGCAUGGCCCCCCAUCUUCUUUGGUGCCCGGCAGAUGGGCUGGGCCUUGGCAGACCUUCUGCUCGUCAGUGGGGUAGCAACAGCCACAACCCUAGCCUGGCACCGAGUGAGUCCACCAGCUGCCCGCCUGCUCUACCCUUACCUGGCCUGGCUGGCCUUUGCGACCAUGCUAAACUACUAUGUAUGGCGUGAUAACCCUGGCCAUCGAGGUGGCUCACGGUUCCCAGAGUGAGCGCACCCUGUCCAUCAGGACCACAGCACUGCCAGCCAAGCACCAUGGAUGGUGGGCAUCAUGCUUUCAUGACCACUGGGCCCGCUGGUCUACCUGGGUCUUGAAGGCCCAGGGAGCCACCAGACAGGUCAAGGUGGUCAGUGCCAAGUCCCAUCCAGGGACACUUGUACCUGCCUUUCUGCACUGCUCCAGGCAUGCCCUAAGAACAUGGGGCUUUUAAAGCUAAAUAAAGUCUUUAACUUCA